CAAUCACCAACCGUUCGUUUCUCUAGUAUUUAUACAUUGCUCGUGACUUUCCUGUGAAGAGCAUAAGACGACAAAAGUAAUAACCAGAAAGAAAAAGAAAAAAAUAAGAUUUCUCCUACAAUUUUCCUAAAUUCUUGGAUUUGAUUUUUCCGAUCUGUAUAAUGAUGAUGAGUCGCGGUGGAGCCAAGGCGGCGAAGUCACUGUUAGCGGCUGCUGGACCACGUUUUUUCUCGACCACCACUACGGUUUCGUCUCACGAGGCGUUAUCAGCAAGCCGUCUUUUGAAGCCUGAGGUUACUUCGGCUUGGAUCUGGAGGACUAGAGCUCCGACGAUUAAUGGAGGUAUGAGAUUCGCCAGCACGAUUACUCUGGGAGAGAAACCGAAGGAGGAGGAGGCGAAUCAGAAGAAAACAGAGAACGAUUCCACCGGUGGAGCCGCCGGAGGUGGUGGUAACAAGGGAGAGAAAGGUAUCGCGAGCUAUUGGGGUGUUGAACCUAAUAAGAUCACUAAAGAAGAUGGUUCUGAUUGGAAAUGGAACUGUUUCAGGCCAUGGGAGACGUAUCAGGCUGAUUUGACAAUAGAUCUGAAGAAGCAUCAUGUUCCGACGACGUUUCUUGAUAGAAUAGCUUAUUGGACUGUUAAAUCUCUUCGUUGGCCUACGGAUCUCUUCUUCCAGAGGCGAUAUGGAUGUCGAGCUAUGAUGCUUGAAACUGUAGCAGCAGUUCCUGGAAUGGUAGGAGGUAUGUUACUACACUGCAAAUCUCUCCGUCGUUUUGAGCAAAGUGGAGGAUGGAUCAAAGCUCUGCUUGAGGAAGCAGAGAACGAGAGAAUGCAUCUAAUGACAUUCAUGGAAGUAGCGAAACCCAAAUGGUACGAGAGAGCGCUUGUGAUCACUGUUCAAGGAGUCUUCUUUAACGCCUAUUUCCUCGGUUACCUCAUCUCUCCCAAGUUUGCUCACCGUAUGGUUGGGUACCUUGAAGAAGAAGCAAUCCACUCUUACACUGAGUUCCUCAAGGAACUCGACAAAGGCAAUAUUGAGAACGUUCCUGCUCCGGCUAUUGCCAUUGAUUACUGGAGACUCCCUGCUAAUGCAACACUCCGUGAUGUUGUGAUGGUUGUUCGUGCUGACGAGGCGCAUCACCGUGACGUCAACCAUUUUGCAUCCGACAUUCACUACCAAGGCCGUGAACUAAAGGAAGCUCCAGCUCCAAUUGGGUAUCAUUGAUUCGAUUGAAAGAUGAGCUUUUUUCUCAAGUUUAAAAACCUAUGUUCUUCUUUCUCUUGUAUAUACAUCACCCCUCCUACUAGAGCCAAAACUUGACAUCGGCUUACCUUGAAUGUUAUAUCUGCUACGAAUGUACUUUCACUUUUCCUACGUAUGGGCUUUUGGGCUUUUAUUUUUCUACUUUUUAAGGCCUGCUAUUUGUGUUUCUAUAUUGUUGUUAUACUUUUGUAGAAGUUGCUACUAAUUCAUUCAUAACUAAAAGCUUCAACUUUUA